CGCUUGGCCAGCGCAUACUCUGCCAGCACCCUACACUGUUAACAUAAAUUGUGUCAGAGAUGUAUUAAACUAAAUUGUUAUAGCCAAUUCGUUAAAGUUUCUUUUAGGGUUGAGGUCUGCACUAUUCAUAUCCCGUCUCUGGACACGCAUACGUCUGUUGGUUAUGACAAGUUCGUGUUCCCGCACAGUUUUGUUGUGGUUGUCGUUGUCUUGUGAAGACGAAACAAAAAUACAAUAUUACCAGAACAAGCAAAAUCAUAUAGCACACCGUCGUUUCAUGGAGCCUACCGUUCAUCAGUGUGGCGUCAUAAAAGUAGGUGACUCUUCAUGAGGCAAGUCUUCAAGAUGGGUUCUCAGUGUGGUAACGCAGGCUGGUAUGCCGUACUCUGUGUCCAUGUCAACUGGCUGCUAUGGACAGGACUCCUCAAAGGUCUAGGGGUGCUGCUGCCGACUCUUCAAGAGCAAUUCAUGGCAGACACGUGGAUGAUUGGUGGAUUGAUAGCGACAAUUACUGGUGCUGGCAGUUUCGCAGGUCCGUUAUCCAGACCGUUGGAGGUGUUAUUUGGUACCCGUAUCGUGGUCACAGUCUGUGGAUUCCUCUUAGGGGCGUCUGUCAUCGUCUCAUCCUUCUCGACCACCACUGUCCAGAUGACACUUACCCUAUCCUUAAUCGCCGGGCCUGGAUUAGUGAUCAGCAAUGUUUUAUCGCGAGCCAUGACGGGUCGUUAUUUCACCACAAACUACGCUACGGUGAACGGCAUUGCGACCUCAGGACACUCUGUGGGCUUGAUCGCCAUUGCUCCGUUGACUCAAGUUCUUUUAGACACCUAUGGCUGGCGAGGUGCCUUGCUACUGCUUGGGGCUAUCAGCACGCAUCUUGGUGUGUGUGGCUUCUUGCUGAAAGGACCGGCACACGAGGAGGCACGGGACAACUACCUACCGAUCAUCUCCAGUGAAGAUGAGCCACAGACAGACACACCAACAAGCUCAAAUGCUCAGAAAAAAUCCCGACUCCGCAUCCUGAAGGACACUGUGAAGGCACAGGGAAAUCUUUUUGGCUGCACGGUUUGCAGUCGCGCUGCAUUCUGGAUUGCAACGCUUACUUACAGUGACCAUAUGUUCUUGAGUAGCCUCUGGAUGAUAUACUUCGUCUCUUACGCUGAGUCCAAAGGUUUCUCUGGGUACGAGGCCGUGACAUUCACCACGGCCGCAGGAAUAGGGAACCUGAUUAUCAAGAUUCUUAUUGGAUUUGUGGUGGACCGAGGUUGGCUGAAGCUGCGACUUGGCUUGCUCAUUUCAAUCAUGACUUCAAGCGUGGCUCUGUCCACACUUCCUUUGGUGAACUCUUACUGGUUGAUGAUGGUCAAUGCCCUCCUCUUCCAUGGCUUCAAUGGAGCACUAGCUUCAUUAAGUGACAUAUACACCCGGGAACUGCUUGGAGCUGAGGAACUGGUAUCCGCUUUCAGCUGGAUGGAUCUUCUGGCAGCAUCCAGUCAACUUGCCUUCGGAUUUUUCCCUGGUAACUGGAACGACCUGUCUUUGGCAUUUUACCACUUCGAUCGUGUUGGCUUAACAUUGCCAACCUUGCAAAGAAUUACUGUAUUUGGGGACAAAAUCCUCGAAGUACAGUUCAUAUUCAUGCUUAGAUCAAGAAUGGACUGGCCCUAUUAUAGAGGGUUCGGUAGCUACCUGCUGCCAUGUGCAAUUAGCCAUGUUAAUUAUGAUUCUGAAUAUAUAGGUUUUUGUCAGGCCAAUAGAAAAGCUUUAACAUUAAAUACGUUUCAGCGCUAAGGCUGGUUGGUUUGUGUACGUAUGGCACGCAUGGCGCGUACGUGAACUCUUUGUGCAUUAACAUUAGAGGGUACACGUAAAUUAGGUUUAAUUAAAGUAUUGUCACUGGGAAAUCCUUUUGUCUAAUUCAAAUCAGUGGUUAUUGUUUUAAAUUUUAGAUAAAGGAACAAUUUAAAGUGAAGUUAUAUUCGAUAACGAAAAAGGAAAAGCAAAAUAUGCUAUGUAGCCGGAUUCUGCCAUUUCAUUCCACACUACUGGUGCUACGUUCGUUCAGAAAACAUCUGUAAGACGUCUGAAGACUACGUACGGGACGGGAACCGGUCAAGAAUUGGAAGAAUAAGAACCCUCAUAUUAUGUGACAAUUGAGGUAUUUCAUUCACGCAAUUUUAUUAGAGAUGUAUUGGUCCUGAUGAUCAUUUAUUACAGGACAUUGGUGGCGCCCUUCACAUUUAACAGCUCUGGCACUCUUCUCCACUCCUCAGCCUUGGUGGCGCUCUUCAUGUUCCCUAGUUCGAGUGGAAUAGUUUGUUGACCUGGAGCACACUCUUUUGGCAGUCAUCUUGUUUGCCCCUUUUCGUUAAAUAUCAGCAGUUUUAUGAGUCUUUUCUUUGUUACACGGACAACCUUUAUGCGGUAAACCAGUGAUCCUCUUACACCUCUUCCAGAAACACAAUCAUGUCGGUAAGCAAGCACUUUCUUACCAUUUCUGAAGACGAUUUUCCAUGUGGUUUAUUGCAUUUUUUGGGGGGGAGGGUGGACUAAAGACUCUUUAAUAUCCCCAUACAGGAAGUUUUCUGGUUUAAUCUGCUGCCUGAUGAUCUUGUUGUAUAUUUAUAAUAUUUUAUGUUGUUCACAUAGUUUUUUGUCAGUUGAAUUCGCUGGUUUAACCUUGGCUAAUAUUUCCCUGAAGCUACGCCUUUGCAGACGCUAGCACUGUGAAAUGACCGUGACAAAUAAAUGAACUGGUCUUAUUGAACAUAAACUAUACGACAAACCUGAACCCCCUUCAACACCAAAGAUGUCGUCUUUAACCCCAUCCGUUAAAAGUGGGUCAGAAGAAGCAGACAUUCAAGACAGUGCAGAUCUGCAAAGCCAUCCUCAGCGAGCAAGACGCCCCACACUCAAGUCACUUUUGGCUUCAUUUCAAGGAGUGGAGAAAGAACUUAAGCAGCAAUGGAGGGCAACUCAGCAGGCCCUGAGUCAAGACUAAUUGCUCAAGACUAAUCGCUCAAAGCAGAUGCACUCCAAGCUAAGCCGAUUGUUCUAGAAAACAGCAACAAUACCAACAGUCUUAUCACCCACGACACAAAAUUAGCACAUUCACUUGCACUGGAAACAAAAUCCAGUGUUUCCGGCCAAUCGAGAAGUUAAAAACACAGUUUGCAGUCAACACCUAAAAGGCGUCUUCCUCCUCUCUCCUCAGUGCCAAGGCCCAAGCCUUGACAUCUGCCACAUCAACACCUGAGAACGAAGCAUACGAAGAGCUUAUUGCCAGAUGUUCGUCGCAACUGAAAUUCCAACAAGCCCAGAGAGAACUUGAGCAGGUGAGACGUGAAACAGAGUCCUGAAUAGAGCAGGCAGGGCAUGAGAUGGAACCGCAGCCACGGGAAGCAGCAGUUGAAGCCGAUAUCCGAAUUCUGAAGGGGAAGCGAGCCGCAGCCAUUGAACAAGCUCGCUCAAACGCCAUUAUACAGGCACAACCAGAAAAGAACGGGUGUCUAACUUCGCUCUACCAGACCUUGAAGGACCAUGCUCUGUUGUUCCGUUCCACUAUCGAAGCUGAAACUAACACUAAAAUCACCAUCAAACUCCUACCCUAAGCCUAAGAAUUUAAGCCAGCCACAGUGGAUAUUGAUUCCUCUCAAAACACCCCUUUGGCUUCACUGCGAGCUGUUCCAUUAUAAGAAUCGCCCAGAAACGACAUUCAGAUGUUUCAGUAGUUAACCUGACAAAUUAAAGGACCUUGCUGACGCCAGAGACAGCCUGCACACGAUCCUGAUGUCUAUGUUGGAACUCAAUAAUGUUCAAGCCAUGACUGUCCUCUUUCAAGACUAUGGUUGGACUGACCCAAAGUACAGCUAUACAGAAGCUCGCCUACUUGGCUGAGUACACGAGAGGGGAAGUCAGAGAAAAAAACUUGUUGACCGUUUCCGUCAUCGCUACUUGCAAACCUUUGCGCAGAUACUGCUGCCCAAAUGAAUGAUCUUCCUGGAUUGCAGAUCCUGAAUUAUUUCUUAAAUCUACACCUGGUUCUUGAGAAACUCCCCAUGUUCCCACACAAUGCAUGGAGGGAAGGAGCUUCAGAAUAAAAGGUUGCAAACGGCAUUUACCCACCAUUCUCUGAGCUGACAGAGUUCAUCAGAGUGAAUGCAAGACUUCAGAAAGACCCAGUGCUGUACCCUUCUCCCCUCUCAGAUCACAAGAAACACGGAGCAGCUAACCACCGUAGCCCCGGCUCAUCCUUUGAAGUGAUGGCUACGUCAACUCCCAUGAAGUCCUCAUCAACGCUGAAGACAGCAGUCAGGUGGCUGUUUCAUGACAAAGAGCGUCAUGGCAUUUCCAGGUGCAUUGCAUUGCGCCGUAAGCCCAUCAACGACAGAAGAGUGUUUCGCAAGACAGAGGGACCUUGCUGCAAGUGUGGCAACAACUACAGAGUCAAGGAUUGCAACACUGCGGUUGACGUGCGACAUUGGCACCAAUAUCAUAAGCGCCAAAGGAGAAGUAGAAACAACUUGUUGAGGAGUCCAGUUUCCUCACAACUUUCCAGACCCCCUUUGGCCGCUAUCGCUGGCUCCACCUACCCUUCGGUACUUCUGUCUCCUCCCAGGUCUACUGGAAACGCUGCAAGGCCCCCCUGGCAUUGAAUGCAUAGCCGAUGACGUGCUCAUCCACGGACGCAUCACUCAAGAACAUGACGACAAUCUUGACAAGUAACUGAAAAGGUGCGCUGAAAAGGGCAUCAAGCUGAACCGCGACAAACUUCACGUCAAUGUGGAGACAAUUUCAUUCAUGGGCCAUAUCAUCUGCAAAGAUGGUUUGCAGACUGGCCCUGGAAAGGUUCGUGCCAUCAUCACCGAGUUCCUCCUCCGACAAACCUGGAACAACUUCGCCGCUUCCUGGGUACGUACCCAACCUGAAUGGCAUGGCCCAUCCCCUCUUCAACCUUCUGAAGCGUAAGAUACCCGGGCAGCGGUCUUCCUCUAAGGAAAAUGCAUUCUUGAGGGUCACACAAGCCAUCACAUCUACGCCGACUCUCCACUACUACGACCCGGCCAAAGAACUGACUCUUGAGAACGAUGCCAAUGACUAUGCCAUUGGUUCUGCCCUUCUAAAAGAAGGUAAACCUGUUGCCUUUGCCAGUUUCUUCCUUACUUCCAGCGAGCGGAGCUAUGCUCAGAUCGAAAGAGAAAUGCUAGCUGUUGUUUUCGGUCUAGAGAAAUUCCACCGGUAUACCUUUGGAAGGACCCUGACUGUCAUCACUAAUCACAAACCUCUUGUUGCAAUCAGCAAGAAGCCUCUGUCCAAGUCCCCCAGGCGCCUACAAUCCCUACUGCUUCGCACACAGGUAUACAACUUUGAGCUUAUUUACCGUCCUGGCAAGGAAGUUCACUUUUCUGAUGCACUGUCACGUGCACCACUCAGUGACAUGGCCGCAGAGGACAAACUCAUUGUGAAUAGGCCUAACCUCAAGCGCACCCCCUUCUCCGCUGACCGGCUAUUCCAUCUACGCACAGCCACUAAGGCUGAUGAAACGCUGAGUUGCCUGAUGGACAGAAUCAAGACCGGUUGGCCUGACACAAAGCAGAAUGUUCCCGCAGUUCUCUUUCUGUACUUAGGCUAUGGCGAUGAAUUGACUAUCCAAGACGGCAUUGUCCUCGGUGGUUACCGAGUGGGCAUUCCUCUCUCCAUGUGCAAUGACAUGAAGCAAAAGGUACAUGCCGGUCACCUAGGUAUUAACACCUGUCUGCGUCUAGCACGAGACCUCAUUUUUUGGCCUGCUAUGUCCCAGAUAUUCAGCAGUAUGUUGAAUCGUGCGAGACAUGUGCGACCGACAUCAAUCUAUGUCUGUCUAUCUGUCUGUCACCACACAGUCAAAACACCACACAGUCAAAUUUAAGUUAAUUGAAAUAUAACAUGUACUGUUUUAUUCCUUUAAACACCACUUACCAUAAGAAAUUAGAAAAGACAAGAGAAAUCAGACAAGUAUUUAAAGUAUUCAAAGCAUAUGCAGUGACAUUGCAGAUUCGCGUGUUCGUUGGGAAGAAUGCGCCUGUUCUUGAUAAAGCAAUCGAAGACGUGCGUCGCUGCCUUCACGGAAGGAUCUUUGAUUCAUUUCCAGUUGUAGCGAUUAACUCAAAACACAUCUACCAAGACGAAGCUCUAGUCGAAGAACUCAGUGACGCAAUUUCAUCAAAAAUCUAAGAAAAUCUGGCCUUGCGGAAGAAUACAGAUUUCUGGCGAAACACCCUGUUCAACAGACUUUUACACUCGAGUUAAUCAAGUGCGAAGACCAGCUGUGUACACACUGCAUGAAAAGUCCAAUCCGCGCUAAGAGGCUAAUGACUUUUCUACGUGAAUUCGGCGGAGGCUGUAUUUUGACACCAAGGCAAUCUAACCACCACUCAUGUCAUUUUCGGACAUGGCAUGAGCUAGCAUCACAAGCCCAGUCUGGAAAGCUGAAGGAGCAACCACUCGACGACAACCUCGCUAGUAGGCCUACGCUCAAAGGAGAUGGAGUCUGCAACUCCGAGUGUCACUAGGACUUCAACAGUGCAGCUGACAGGGAACGUCACAUCAGGCUUGUUCAUAAAAUGUACAUAGCGGUCAACUGAAACACAACAGCCGUCAUAGACGGAAAGACCCUUUAUGUAGAUUUCCAAGUUUUGUGGGCCACGAUCACUGUUUGGGGUUAUUCAGACUACGGCACAGAGCAUAAUGGUGAAUUUACCUUUUUGGACCUUAAAUAAGUACGGAAGCAUGAAUUGUCACCAAACGUGACGCAAGAUGUUGCGACACCACCCUCCACCAUAUUGGAAUACAAAAGACCCUUCGUGUAGAUUUCCAAGUUUUGAGGGCCGAUAUCAUUUUUUGGGGUUAUUCAUUCUGUUCAGAGCAUGAUACUCGAGUUUUAAUACCCUUUGGACUCAGAACAUUCUAAGCAAUAGUAAAUUUUCCACUCGGUUGAAUUCGUCCUUCUUUGUUAAAAACCAUUUUCCAAUUGUUUCCUUUGGUCCAUUAUUACACGAGUGGCUCAUCGUGUUAAAAUUACUCUUCCGGUUAUCUUGUGUGUUUUUUAUACUUGUUUUGUAAAAGGGAGAGGACUGCGGAAAACAAGCCACCGUAACAAUGGUGGAACUACAAACCCACAGCGCAUGUUGAAUGCACUAGCGACCACGUACUGUGCAUAAACACCUCGCGGCGCUCCAGCAAGCCUGCAGUUAACGUGCAAUGUAAGCACGUGCAAGCUGGUAUCAUUUUUGCCAUUUGCAACCGAUUAAAACAAACGAAUGCCGUAUGUCGAUUUCAUUCUCGCGUUUGAGACCGUGGUGAUGCGGAUUUGCAAAUAAUGGCCCGGGAAAAAAGAGUUAUAGAAUCACAGUGAUGUUGCCUAAACUGAAAACGUUUUCUCAUAAGAUCCUUAAACUUUCGUAAAAUCGACGGAUCAAGACCGUGAACCAGGAGAGUAAUGAGUUAUUAUGAAACCUGUGCAUGUACUUUGACCUAUUCCUUCAUGCUUUCAUUCAAGGUAUCUGUACGACAAAGAUACACGUACCACUCCAAGCAAGAAAUUUAGCUUGUUAACGCAGUUGACACUAAUCCGCUUAAAUCUUCAUUAUUCAUGUGGAGGGCCUGGAAGUAAGCCUUCAAUUCAGCGACUGUGAUAUGCCGACGGGCCAGACCGGCCCGUACCGGACGAAAAAGGCAGUAAUACAGGCCGAGGAUCAUAUCUGCCUCAAAACGGGCAAGCAGUCUCGGCCUGUACAGAUACCGGCCGGCACACUGUGGGCGCAACGCCUAAAGUACAUUUGGAAUCUGCAGCCCUGACCUCAGGCCAAAUUGCUUUGUUCUUCGGUUGACACUCGCUGGUUUAACCUUGGCUAAUGUUUCCCUGAAGCUACGCUUUUGUGGACGUCAGUACAAGAGGCGUUGUCAUUCCCAGCUACUUGAGGGCGUUUGGAACAUGUGACGGGCAGAGUGGGAAAUGUUCCUUUAAUAUCUAAAUAAUAAUAAAAUAUUUCCCCACCCUUUCUCGGCA